AUGGCAUUGAUGAAGUUUGAUCUACCGCUGCUGGAUUACAAGAUGAGAUUUGCGUUGUGGCAAGUCAAGAUGCGAGCGAUUCUGACACAAUCUUCGGAUCUUGAUGAGGCGUUGGAUGAUUUCGGAGGAAAAGGACAGAAGUCAUGGACCGCUAAAGAGAAGCGGAAGGAUCAACUUUGGCUCAAGCUGGAAUCGAUCUGCAUGUCCAAGGAUCUAACCAUUAAGAUGCACGUGAAGAUGAAGUUGUUCACGCACAAGCUGCAAGAAGGUGGUUCGGUGAUGAACCACUUAUCGAUCUUUAAGAAGAUCGUUGCCGACCUAGUGUCGAUGGAGGUAAAAUAUGAUGAUGAAGAUUUAGCUCUUCUACUGUUAUGCUCACUGCCUACUUCGUUUGCAAAUUUCCGAGAUACCAUACUAUUAAGCCGUGAUGAACUAACCCUUGCGGAAGUAUAUGAGGCCCUCCAGACGAGGGAGAAGAUGAAAGGUAUGGUUCAGUCUGAUGUGUCAUCCUCCAAGGGCGAAGUCUUGCAGAAUAAGGAGAAAAGAAACAGUACGUAUAAACCAAAAAAUAAAUCCGAUGGUGAUGGUAAGGCCUCUGUUAUCUCCGCUGUUGAUAAUUUUGAUUCAGGAGAUGUUCUGGUUGUUUUUGCUGGUCAUGAUGAAUGGAUACUUGAUUCUGCAUGCUCGUUUCAUAUAUGCUCUAACAGAGAUUGGGUCAGUUCUUACAAGUCUAUGCAGAGUGGAGAUGUCGUGCGUAUGGGAGAUAACAACCCACGUGAGAUCGUGGGCAUUGGCUCCGUUCAGAUCAAGAUGCAUGAUGGCAUAAUACGCACACUAAAAGAUGUGAGACACAUACCAGGGAUGGCCAGAAAUCUCGUCUCCCUCAGCACACUUGAUGUCGAGGGGUACAGACACUCUGGUUCAGGUGGAGUGUGUAAGGUAUCAAAAGGCUCUCUCAUUCAUAUGAUAGGUGAUAUGAAUUCUACAAAGUUAUAUGUUCUUAGAGGAAGUACUUUACAUGGUUCUGUCACUGCUGCUACUGUUUUUAAUGAUGAACUAAGUAAAACUAAUCUCUGGCAUAUGCGUCUUGGGCAUAUGAGUGAACUUGGUAUGGCAGAAUUGAUCAAGAGAGACCUACUGGAUAGCUGCACUGUGGGUAAGAUGAAGUUCUAUGAGCACUGUGUUUUUGGUAAGCACAAGAGGGUAAAAUUCAAUGCAUCUGUUCAUACCACCAAAGGUACACUUGAUUAUGUACAUGUUGAUUUGUGGGGGCCAUCUCGUAAGCCCUCUUAUGGUGGUGCUUGUUACAUGCUUACCAUUAUUGAUGAUUACUCUAGAAAAGUGUGGCCUUACUUUCUAAAAAAUAAAGAUGAUACUUUUGCUGCUUUUAAAGAGUUGAAAGUUAUGAUAGAAAGGCAAACUGAAAAGAAGCACUCACCUCCUGUUUUGCAGCCUCAAAAUCAGUCUAUUGCAGAUCGUAGAACAAAGAGGAGUUGUGGACCUCGUCCACGUUUAAUCGAGGAAUGUGAUAUUGUUCAUUAUGCCUUUAGUUGUGCUGAACAGGUUGAGAACAUUCAUGAGUCGGCUACGUACACUGAAGUUGUUGUUUUUGGUGACCGCGAGAAGUGGAUUUCCGCUAUGCAAGAAGAGAUGCAGUCACUUGAGAAAAAUGGCACAUGGGAUGUUGUGAAGAUUCGUGGGUCGAACCUGUCCAAAAUUUUGAGGAGCAAAAGGGUGUGUCUCAUUGAUGUUGGAACUAGCAUCCUCAACAAUAACAGUAUUAGCCUUGUCAGCCAUCUUGGUCAGAUAGGACAAGACUUGGUAGAACUUGGAAUUCAGCUGAUGGUUGUGGUCUUCUUGCUGCUUCAUGAAGGAAUCCAGGGUACGAUGAAUUCCAUCGACUUCUAUUGCAGUUGCAAACUGCAUCUCACUAGGAGAACCAUCCAUAGUUAG